ACUAUUCAUCAGUCAUCUGUUGCAUUGCAUUCCUUUUCGUUAAAUAAUUGUUCUUUCGUUUCCUAACUAAUCUUUUUCAACAGUCAAAAAUCACGAUACACGAAUUAAAACAUCGACUAGAGUAGACGUUUUCUCGUUACUGUGGCAGUCUUAUAAUUAUUGUCGAGAUCAACAAACAAACAGUCAUUGUCGUUAGGCAGACACAAAUUUUCGACAUCGACGUCCCGCCCUUGACCAGUCGUGUACAGCGCCGUUUAUUAUACCAAAUAAGCUACCCGGCCAUUAGAUCUAUAAUUCUGGCACUAUGGCUGAUAACAAAGGACAGAGCACCAAAAAACCGACAGACUCUCAAAAAAAACUUCAAGAGUCUCAAGCUCAGGUUGAUGAGGUCGUUGGAAUUAUGAGAGUCAAUGUUGAAAAGGUAUUAGAACGAGACCAAAAGUUAUCAGAAUUAGACAAUCGUGCAGAUGUAUUGCAACAAGGUGCAUCUCAAUUUGAACAACAUGCUACAAAACUUAAAAGAAAGAUGUGGUGGAAAAAUUUAAAAAUGAUGAUUCUUUUGGGAGUUAUUGUAGCAGUCCUUUUGAUUCUUAUUAUUGGGUCAUUCGUUGGUGGUGGUAAUUAAGUAAUGCUGUUUAUGAGCAGAAAAAGAAAAAUCAUCAUCAUGUUACAUUCUGAAAGCGUUAACUUAACAUUAUUAUUAAUAUAAAUUGUGAUAAAUAAUAAAUUAAUAAGUCACAAAAUUGCAUUUUUAA